CGCGCGUGCGCUGUUUCUCCCUGUACUCAGCAGGUGGCAAACUUCUAAUCUAAUCAGCUUUAACGGUAAUGCGGUAAUCCAGCGCUUCCGAGAAGCCGAGCGGCCGCAAAUCCUAGCUAUCAUGCCAGGGCUUUGGCCUCCACCUAGACAUCGUGCCGUUAAGCCGCGCCGCCUCCCCCGAGGGCCUCGACUGUAGAGAGAAAAGGAAAAAUGACAUUUCAGGCAUGGCUGUCAUUACUUAUUUAACACCGAGGCAUCAGCGGGCGUCCUGGCUGCCGGGGAUGCAUCGGCUCCUCGGGCGCAUCUUAUUCCUGUGCACUCUGGGCCCCGUCACGUCGCAGGGUUCCUUCCCCAGACUGGAGAACGUCGCGGCCUACAAGGCGGUCAGCGUCGACCCCGGCGACGCGACGUGUGGCAUCCCGGAACGAAGCACCUUCUGCCAGGCUGCCCACAGUGAUGCUGAUCUGCACACGUGCACCAAACAGUUCUGCAUCCAGGAGUGUCCGUAUCGUUCCUCCACGCCACGUUACACCAGCAUGCUCGAUUCAAACACGUGUCUGACCACUGAGGGAGAGGAUUCGGACACGGGCAUUAAGGACAGGCGUGCUAGCUUCACGUUUCCAAAGAGUGGCUGCUCGACUUCUCCAGCUCCCAUCCUGGGCCCGGCAGGCUCGUUUACAGUAGCAGUGUGGCUGAAACCUGAGGAGCAGUCUGUAAUGACUGUACUUGAGAAGAGCAGCACGAACGGACUGGUGUUUCUACUGACCAUCUCCAGAAUGACCCUCCAGUUCCACUACAGCACCCAGCCUGGCCUGAACUCCUCCAUCACCCUGAGCACCGCCGGCCGCUUCAGCAGAGACGACUGGACCCAUGUGGCCCUCCAGGUGCAUGGCACAAGCGUGAGCCUGUUUCUGGACGGACUAGAAGAGGAUGGAACUGCUUUUGACACCCAGACUCUCGUAGGUCCGGUUGCUGAUGUCACCUCAGACACUUGGGCAUGGAUUGGGCGAAGCUCUGACGGGUCCAACCAGUUUGUUGGAAGAAUGCGGGACUUCAGAUUUUACUCCCAGACUUUGACCAACAGAGAGAUCGCGGAGGUCCACACGGGCCACCUCCCCUCCCUUCACACCCAGACAGCCUGCCGUUGCCCCUCGACUCACCCCAGGGUGCACCCUCUGCUCGAGAGGUACUGCAUUCCCAACGGUCACGACGACACCACCAGCAGCCGCGUGCCACGCCUCCACCCGCACGCCCACCCACUAAACUACGUUAACGACGACGACCUCGGAACCGCCUGGGUCUCAUCCGUCCUCUUCAGCCCGGAGAGACUGGACCGAGGGGUUGCCCUCACCUUAGACCUGGAGAACGGAGAGUAUCAGGUUUUCUACGUGAUCGUUCAGUUCCGGAACCCGCAGCCUGAAGCUGUGCAUAUUCAGAGGAAAACCGCUAACAGCUCCGCGUGGGAAGACUGGCAGUACCUGGCGAGGAACUGCAGCUACUUCGGGUUGGACGAUAACGGACCUUUGUCGAGGCCGGACUCUGUGAACUGCCUCCAGUUUGGCAGCGACAUCCCUUACGCCCACAGCAACAUCACCUUCAGCAUGCUGACCCCGGAGCCUAACCUGCGACCCAGCUACAACGACUUCUACAACAGCGCCGCCCUGAAGGACUUCGUAAGAGCCACGCACGUGCGCAUCCACUUGCGGGGCCAGUACCACACGCGUGCCCCUCACGUGCCCGCCCGGCAUCGCUACUACGCCGUGGACGAUAUCACCAUCACUGGCAGGUGCGAGUGCCACGGCCACGCCAGCACCUGCGACACCAGCGUGAAGCCCUACCGCUGCGCCUGCCUCCCAGAAAGUCACACGGUCGGGCAUAACUGCGAACGCUGCGCCCCGCUUUUCAACGACAAGCCGUUCAGAGCGGGCGAUCAGAAGCAGGCGUACAACUGCCGACCCUGCCAGUGCCACGGGCAUGUCGCCUCCUGCCACUACGAUGCCAGCGUGGACCCUCACCCUCAGGAACACUUCCGCGGCGGAGGAGGAGUGUGUGACGAGUGUGCUCAUAACACCGCAGGGAGGAACUGCGAGCGCUGCAGGAAAUUCUUCUACAGAGAACUUGGUGCGUCACUUUGGGCUGAGAAUGCGUGUAAACCCUGCGAAUGCAACCUCGCCGGAACUGUCCGAGGCAGCCAGGAGUGCGACCAGACGGGGGGCCAGUGUAAGUGCAAGCGACGCGUGUCUGGCCGAGAGUGCAAUCAGUGCCAGCGCGGCUACUACAAGCUUCAGGAAGAGCUGGCCGACGGCUGCCUCACCUGUAACUGCCACGUCGCCGGGACAGAGUGGCCACAUAUUACCUGUCACCAAGACUCAGGGCAGUGCCAGUGCAAGAGCAACGUAAUCGGUCCUACCUGCGACCGCUGCGACUACGGCUACAAGUUCCUCAACCGCACCAACCCGUCCGGCUGCGAGCCGUGUUCCUGCCACCCCCACGGCUCCCUCCACCAGUUCUGCAACCCUCUCACGGGCCUGUGCGAAUGCAGAGACGGCGUCCAGGGCCUCCUGUGCGAUACCUGUCCACCCGGCACCUACGGUCCCAAUUUGGGUGGGAUCAUCUGCACUCCCUGCGACUGCAGCGCUCAAGGAACCGCCCCGGGCUCGGCGUGCCACCCGGUGACGGGCCGCUGCACGUGCAGGCCGCGCACAGCAGGCCCUCGGUGCGACUCCUGUCUGGACGGAUGGUACUGGCCGGGAAGGGACGGUGUCUCGCUAGGGUGUCAGCCAUGCCUGUGCGAGACCAGGGGGACUAUCAGCGGGUCAACAUCGUGCCAGAAGGAAACCGGACAGUGCCGGUGCAAGGUGGGCGUCGAUGGCCCGCGAUGUAACCAUUGCUCUGGCAGGAUGUACGACCUGAGCUGGGCUAACUCGACCCACGCGUGCCGGCCGUGCCACUGCCACCCUGUGGGAACCCUUCCUGGGACAGAGUGCGACCCUGAGACUGGGCAGUGCACCUGCCUGACCAGCUAUCAUGCCCGGGACUGCAGCACCUGUAAGCCAGGCUUCUUCCAUUCCGACACCAGCAGUGGUCAGUGCGAGGCCUGCGACUGCCACCCGGCGGGAGCGCUGAAGCAAGCGUGUGCCCCAGACACAGGCCAAUGCAAGUGCGCUAGCUCGUCGCUGACCGGUCGCAGGUGUGACCGGUGUCUGGAUCAGUAUUUUGGUUUCAAUCCAGUUACUGGCAGGUGCGAGCGGUGCGACUGCCAUCCGGCCGGGAGUCUCGACGGCUCCUGCCUCGCCGAAACGGGCCAGUGCCUGUGCAGAGCCUCCGCGAGCGGCGAGAAAUGCGACGCCUGCGUGGAAGGAGCGAGCCACAUGGACCCGGACAACCACCUGGGCUGCAGUAAAGAUCCCCUGCAGCAGCCCCCUCCAAAGGGCACCGUACUCAACGCCACCGCCGUCGAGCUCAGCUGGAAGGCCCCGGACUCGCCCAACAGCAACGCCCUGGUGUACACGCUCCUCCGGGAUUCGGAGCCCGUCUACACCGGAUACAGCCGACAACCAUUCGGAGUGAUGCAUUUCACAGACGCCUCUCUGUCUCCCUACACCUCCUACACCUACAAGCUCAUCACCAGCAACGUCCACGGCAACACCAGCAGCCCCACCAUCGCUCUGCGCACUCUUUCCUCGGUCCCAGACCCCACCGCGCUCCAGCUUAACCUCGUGGGUCUUUCCAGCCCCACCAGUGCUUCCUUUAACUGGACCGAACCGCUGAACACCUCAGGCCCGGUGGAGCGCUACACUCUGAGCUCUGUGGAGGAACCGAGCGGAGAGGAGCGCCUACAUUAUCAGGGCUUGGCGACGGAGGUCACAGUGGGCGGUCUGCACCCCUUCACUCGAUACAACUUCAGUCUGGAGGUCUGCACCAACGGAGGUUGCGCUAGCGGUGCCGGCGUCACUGUUCUCACGGCGCAGGUUCCUCCACAAGAGCUGGCACCACCACUGGUGACCCCGCUAUCGUCUACCGUGAUGAAGGUGGACUGGGAGCCGCCGGCCGUGCCAAACGGUAUCAUAUUCAGGUACGAGCUCUUCAUGCAAGAACUGGGAAACGGGACCAAUCCUGGCCCGGAGCGCAGGGUUUUCCUCAGCAGCGGUUGGCCGAACCCGAGGCGGUCGGCGGGCUCGGCCAAGAGCGGCGCCAUGGUGUCUGAUCUGCAGCCCUUCACUCAGUACCGCUUCAGAGUGCUCGCCGUCAACAUGGCCGGCAGCGCCGCGUCAGACUGGACCGUCAGCCGGACCGCAGAGGGAGUGCCAGAAUACAUGAGCCCUCCUCAGGUGUCUCCGAUAUCCUCAUCCUCACUUCUGUUAAGCUGGGCAACCCCGAGGGAGCAGGACAUCAGGGGGGCGGUGACGGAAUACAGAGUCAGCCUUCACCAGGAGCAGACCUCCAACCCAUACGCCCCUCCUAUAGUCACACAGCUGUUUUACAAGGCCUCACCGGAAGAGCGGAGCUACACCGUGUCUGGUCUGAAGAGCUACGAGGAGUACAGCUUCACCCUGUCUGUGUGUAACGCACGGGGCUGUGCGGUCAGCCUUCCCGCUUCAGGACGCACACUGCCUUCAGCCCCUGCAGGUCUGAAGGCCCCGAAGCUGAAGCCGUGGAACACGACAGCCACGGAGAUCUCAUGGGCGGCUCCGGACCUGCCGAACGGUCCUCCACCCACCUACCACGUCGAGCGGACAGAUGUGUCGUUCUCAGACGCCGAGGGCCCGGUCAUCAGCGGCAGACGCUUUACCGGGACUGGAUAUUUUCACUUUCCUAGCACCACGCUGCCCAUCAACGCCGACUUCACAGGUAUUAAGCUGAGCUUCCGUACGAGGGCAGAAGAGGGACUGAUCCUGUUUGCCGUCUCGCCCGGCGAACAAGAAGAAUACGUGGCUCUGCAAAUACACAACGGACGACCCUACUUCCUCUUUGACCCUCAGGCCUCUGCUGUAGCCGUCAGUCCAGAACAUGACGGAGGGAGGAGGUAUAAUGACAACCAGUGGCACCAUCUGACCGCUACCAGGAAGCAGUCCACAGGAACGAUCAUCGUGGAUGACCAGUACAGAGGCUCAGCAUCUGCGAACAGCGGCGGCACCAUCAUCGGCCCAAACACGGGCGUCUUCUUCGGAGGCCUCCCAGAAGAUUUUCCAGUUCACCGGCGAGACACCGGUUUAGCCCGGCCGGUCCGGGAGGGUUUCGCCGGCUGCGUGAGGGAUGUGCUCAUCCAGACGGCGAGCAUACCCGCGGACGUCUGGGAGCCUAUUGACUGGGACUCUGCCCUGGACCGCCACGAGACCUACGAGGACUGGGAGGGAUGUCCAACCCACUCCGAGCAUGGCGUCUACUUCCUGGGGCACGGCUUCCUCAAACUGAAACAGGAGACGUUCAGCGGCGGAGACGAUUUCGAAAUAACCUUCGAGUUCAAAACCGAUCAGCUGAACGCGCUGCUGCUCUUCGCCCACGACGUUAACGGACAGGACUACAUCCUGGCAGAGCUCCAGGGCGGGAUCCUCCAGUGGGCGUUGCGCUGGGGGGAUCAGACGGUGGAGCUGGGCGUCUGGGUGGGUCUGUCCUACUGCGACGGAGGCUGGAACAGCGCCACCGUGCUGAAGAGAGGAGCGCUGACGGAAGCCGCCAUCAACCACGCAUCGGAGCAGCAGAGGAGCGCCAGAGGAGGAGACCUGAUCAUCAGCUCGCCUCUGUACGUCGGGGGUGUACCGACGACGCUACAGCACCCGGCACUGCACAGGCACAGCCUGCUGCACGGAUUCGGAGGCUGCAUCAGGGACGUUCGAUUGGCCGUGAGCGGUCCUGUCUUAAACUUGGCCGGUGCGUCGUGCGGCGCUGUCAGAGUCAAUCUGGAUGGAUGCCUGUCAGCUGACACCAGCGUUAACUGCCGGGGAAACGAUUCCAUCCUGGUGUACGCGGGCAGCGAGAUCAAGUCUGUGGAUCGGGCGCUGCAGCCCUUCACUGAAUACCUGUACAGAGUGGUAGCGUUCGGAGACGGCGGGUGGGCAGCCGGGCCGUGGCAGCGAGGACGCAGUGGAGAGACAGCGCCACGAAGUGUGUUGCCUCCCUCCAGAGUUGCCAGCGCAAAUGGCUCCAGCGCGGAAGUGAGCUGGGAGGAGCCGCCGGGGGUCAGAGGUGUAAUUGAGAGCUACGUGGUGAAGGCGUACAGCCGGGACCGUCCCCUGUCCCCUCCGGUCAGCGCCGCUUUCUCCAACACACAGGGGCUGAUGGGAACGUUAAGUGGCCUGGUUCCUUUUAGCAGCUACCGUAUUACCCUAACGGCGUGCACUCGGGCGGGCUGCACCGAAAGCCUCCAGGCCACCAGUCUCACCACUCCACAGGAAGCACCCGAGGACGUUUCUCCCCCCCGUGCCGUCGCACAGCCGGACUCUCUCUUCGUGCACUGGGAUCCUCCCGAAAGACCCAACGGCAUCAUUACACGCUACAUCCUGUACAAGGACGAUGCGGCCAUCUAUCACACCAAUCAAACCUCCUUCAACCUCACAGAUCUCGGCGUGUACACUCCGCACAAGCUGCUGCUCAGCGCCUGCACUGAAGCCGGCUGCACCAACAGCUCAGCAGUCACACUCUUCACCGGUCAGCUGCCUCCGUCCCACGUGGAUCCUCCCGCCCUGACCGUACUGGACGCCCACAGUGUGUACAUCCGAUGGACAGCGCCGCUGGAGGUGAACGGUCAGCUGGAGUUCUACACGCUCUACCAGGCAGUUUCCGGAGAGGAACCUUCUGUGGUCUACAACAGCAGCAAGAUGUCUGAGGACCACUCGCUGAGGAACCUCGUCCCUGGUACCACCUACCAGUUUCAGAUAGCGGCAUGUACAGCGGGCGGCUGCACCCUGAGCACCCCCAGCGUGGCCCAAACACACGAGAGCUCUCCAGAGGACGUUCCAGUUCCCAGCAUCCUCUACGUCUCUCCACACGAGCUGAACGUGGCGUGGGGACCCCCGCUCAAGCCCAACGGUGUGAUCAGCAGCUACGGCCUGUGGAUGGACGGCGCGCUGAUGCAGAACUCCUCGUCCACCAGCUUCCGGACGGCCGGACUCUCUCCUUGGAGCCAGCACACUCUCCGGGUCCAGGCGUGCACGGCUCGGGGCUGCGCCCUCGGCCCGGCGAUGGAGGUACGGACUUCAGAAGCGCCCCCGGUUGGCGCCGUGCCCCUGACUAUCCUCCCCGAGAGCCCCCGUUCCGUCCGGGUGAAGUGGGAGCCGCCUGCCAAACCGAACGGCAACAUCACCUACUCUCUUCUUCUCACCGGAACCUUCCACCAGCCGGCAGCUCAGAACGUCAGUGAACCAGAAGCGAUGGUCACCGAGACCCGGACCACGCUGAGCACAGGUACGGCGGGCCGGUGGGUUCCUGUGGAGGGGCUGCUACCCUUCUCCAACUACAGCGGGACUGUAAGAGCCUGUAACAGUAAAGGCUGUUUGGAGAGCACCGCUACCACCGUCUCCCUCCCUCCUGCAGCUCCAGACGGCCUUUUGCCCCCGAGGCUGGCAGCUGCCACCUCCACGUCUCUGCAGGUUGUGUGGUCCAGUCCCGAACGGCCCAACGCUCCCGGCCCGCUGCGUUAUCAGCUCCAGAUGAGGAACCUGACCACCCAGCACGUCCAGCGAUUGCUGGACGACGAGAGCGCUGCGCUCACUCACCUGGUGGAAAACCUGGAGCCGUACACCGAGUACCAGUUCAGAGUCCGGGUGUCGCACGGCUACGGAGAAUCCGGCAGCUCCUGGGUGUCUCUCCGUACCGCACAGGACCGCCCUGAAUCUGUCGACCCGCCCGUCCUCGUCGAGCUCCACCCUAGAAAUGCCACCGUCUCCUGGUCCCCUCCCUGGCGCCCUAACGGCAUCCUUACCCACUACAACAUCUACCAGGAUGACCAGCUCAUCCACAGCGUUCCACCCGACACGUCCAGCCUCACCCUGUCCGACCUGUCCCCUUACCGUCAGUACUACGUCCGUGUUGAGGCGUGCACCGAUCCGGGCUGCACCCUCUCCGCCGAUAUGUGCACAUUCCAGACCCCCGUGGCGCCCCCACAAGGCGUACGCGCCCCUCGGCUCUAUUCCGACACACCCACGUCAGUUUUGGUCACCUGGGAGCCACCUCUGUUCACCAACGGGCCUUUGGAAGACUAUACCCUCCAACGAAGGGUCGCGGGCUCUCAGGACAUCUCCACGGUAACCAGGGUCACGCCCGAUGACACUCUCGCACUUGCUUACCUCGACAACUCUGCGUUCCUGAGCCCCUGGAGCAGUUACGAAUAUCGCGUGGUGGCUACCACCAGGCACGGCGGGUCGAACAGUAGCCAGUGGGGAAAGGUCACCACUCGUCCAUCACGGCCCGCUGGAGUUCAGCCGCCCACGGUGCAAGCGCUCGGGCCGGACUCGGUGCAGGUCACAUGGUCCGCCCCGCUCGUACCCAACGGAGACAUCGAGCGCUACGAGAUCCGGAUGCCAGAUCCACGCGUAAUCCACACCGACGUCUCCGCGCUGAACCUCACCGUCACCGGCCUGUCGCCGUACACCAACUACAGCGUGACCAUCCUCGCCUGCUCGGGCGGUGGCGGCUUCGUCGGAGGCUGCACAGAGAGCCUCCCCUCACCCGUCACUACAUUACCCACGAUUCCACAGGGGCUUCCGGGACUCUCCGUGGUAUCCAUCAGCGAGUCUUUUCUGGCCAUCUCGUGGCAUCCACCCUCCAGACCCAACGGCCCCAACGUGAGGUACGAGCUGUUGAGACAGAAAACCCAGCAGCCCCUGUCCCGCCGUCCCCACGACGAUUUCCAUCGCUGGCUCCGUGUUUACGCAGGACACAAAUUGUUCCAUGAAGAUAAAGGCCUUAGCAGGUUCACACGGUACGAGUACAAGCUGCUGGUGCACAACGACAUGGGCUACACCGUGGGAGACGCCGUCCCGGGGGUCACUCUGGCCGGCCCACCGCUCUCCGCCCCUAACGUGUCCGCGCUGACCCUCAACCAUAUGGCCAUUCUGCUCAACUGGACCACACCCACCGUGCAGGACCUUCAGGGCGAAGUGGACCAGUAUUAUAUCACGGUCAGUUCCCAGCAGCAAAGCCAGACCCUCAGUCUCGAACCUUCGGCCACCUCGGCGCUGCUGUCUGACCUCCAGCCCAACACAGAGUACACUUUCACGCUGACCGUGUCCAACGGAGCGCACAACAUCACCAGUCCGGAGGUGACCGGCACCACGGCUGAUGGGGAACCCGAAGGUGUCUUCCCUCCAGACGUCGUGACCCUCAACAGCACCUCCGUACGGGUGCUCUGGGCACCCCCUCUGGUUCCCAAUGGGGCGAUAUCGAACUACUCGGUCUAUCUGGAUGGCGAACUUCACACCUCCACCGACGGCACUUCCGGAUCGCUGGAGCUGCACGGACUCCUGCCGCUCACCGUGUACGAGGUUCAGGUGGAGGUGUGUACGGCGUACGCGUGCGCGAGGGGCAACAGCACAAAGUUCACGACCGUGGAGGACACGCCGGGAGACGUAGCAGCACCGUACAUCCUGGUCCUCAGCUCCAGGUCUGUUAAGCUGGAGUGGACAUCGCCGGGCCAGCCCAACGGCAUCAUGGGAGGUUACAACGUUCACCGCAGGACCCUCAAGCCCUGCGAAGAGCUGCAGGCCGAGACCCCGCAGACCCGCUGCUCGUAUCUGCGGUGUCCAGUCGACCAGGACUUCUGCGGACGGUCCUGUUUUCAGCCCCAACAGCAGGUGUGUUGUGAAGGAACUGUACACACCAUCAGAGCUUCACACCGGUGCUGCGGCGAGCUCUACGUACCGGUCCGAAAUGCCUCCGCGAGUGUGUGCUGCGGUGAAAAGUUCUACACGCCCCUACCCCAAUACCAGUGCUGUGCAGGAUACUACAUCCAGGUUCCUCAAGGACAGAUCUGCUGUCCAGACCCGGACCAGCCGCGGGCGUCCGUUGGUCCCGGGGAUUCAUGCUGCGGCGCAUCACCCUUCUCGUCUACGUCCGGGCAGAUCUGCUGCGACGGGCUCCUUCAUGACGGCUACAGAUCACGAUGCUGCGGCGGACAACCCGUCCACCGAGAGUCCGUCUGCUGUGGAGACGCCCACAGAGGAACCGUGCACGCUUCCGCCCCAGGAAUGGCGUGCUGCGGUGACCAGUACAUCAACACGUCAGCCGUGGUGUGCUGCGGAAACCCGGAGCGAGGGUACAAGGCUCACCUGAUGGACAAUAGCACAGCGUCACUGAAGUGCUGCUGGACCGAGCUGAUCGAGCAGGAAAAGGAGUGUUGCGGCGGCAUGGGGUUCGAACCGGACCUGGCUGUGUGCGCCGACCAGGCCCCACACGGACUCAUCAUCCCAGAAAAGUGUCACCCCAGGACCCUGUGCCCUGUAUCUCUGGCCUCGACGGCAUACUGCGGCACGUGCGACCUCGACCCAACCCGCUUCAAGUGUUCCUGGGUACCGGACCAGCCAGGCGCACCGUCAACCGCAGAGUCUGAAACGGCCCCCGGUCGCCUCUGCCCGUCGCCCGAGGAGCUCGUCUUCAGCGGAGCGCCGGAUAGACGCUCGUUCACAGACUCAGAGUUGGAGCCCUACACGACGUACGAGUACAGACUGGCAGCGUGGAACAGUGGCGGUCAAGGCUUCAGUUCGCCCUCCUGGAUCAGCACUAAAGAGGACGUGCCCGAGGGAGUCCCGCGCCCGAAGUGGAGCCGUGUGGGAGCCCGUAACGACAUCAUCCAACUCGACUGGUCCCCGCCGUUCAAGGCUAAUGGUAAAAUUAGCCACUAUGUGCUUACGCGUGACGGACAGGAACGUUACCGCGGGACAGAGCGGAGCUUCACAGAUGCCGGAGGGAUUCGACCGUUUCAGGAGUACACGUACCAGUUACGGGCGUGUACCGCCGCCGGCUGCGCUGACUCCCCCAAGGUUGUGGCAGCGACCGUCCAGGGGGUACCCGAGGAGGUCCCUGCGCCGGCCGUGAGACCUCUGCGACCCGACGCCCUGCACAUCAGCUGGGAGGCCCCGACCAAACCCAACGGCGUCGUCCGGGAGUAUCAGAUCGUUCAGGGCGGAGUCGGGCUCGUCCAUACGCACACCAGCGGGGACAUGGAGCACGUCAUCAAAGGACUGGAGCCUUACACCAACUACAGCUUUGUGCUCGUGGCUUGUACAGCAGCCGGAUGUGGAGCAAGUAAGCCAUCUAUGGGCCGAACACUGCAAGACGCCCCGGCAGACGUCUGGUCCAUGCCGCGGCACGUUUUGGUGAACGGCACGGCCGUUGAACUUCACUGGAGCCGACCGUCCAAACCCAACGGCCUGCUAACACACUACAGGCUCCUGCGUGACGGAGAGAGCGUCUACACCGCCGGCCCAGACGAGAGCUGCUACACAGACACCGGCCUACAGCCCAACAUCAGGUACACAUACGAGCUGGAGGCCGGUACCGACGGCGGAAGUGGCACGAGCAGCCCGUACAUCAUCCAGACCUCCGCCGCCUCCCCGGAGAAAAUCCCUCCUCCGCAUAACGUCAGCGUCCUGGGCCCGCGCUCCGUCUUUGUCGCCUGGUCACUCCCAGAUGUGUAUAACGAGAGCCUUCCCUUGGAGUACAACGUGCUGCUGAACGCCGGUACAGAACGGCCCCUCACCCGUCCGGCCGGCCCUCACCGGUUCCUGCUGCUGGACGGACUAGACCCAUACACCACCUACAGCAUCAGAGUACAGGCCUGUCAAGCAGAUGGCUGUGGUGUAGGACAGGGCGUCACUACCCUGACGUCUGAAGCGGCUCCCAAGGCUCAGGAUCCUCCCGAGCUCCAUGUCGCUGGUUCAGCGGUUGUUGAAGUGUCCUGGAACCCCCCACGUAAACCCAAUGGCCUGAUCACGGCGUAUUUUAUUCACAGACGUCCAAAGGGAACGCUGGACGAACUCCUGGUCUUCAUCUGGUCCGAGGGUCCUCUGGAGUUCACAGACGCAUCAGACUUCCUAAAGCCGUUCACUGAAUACGAGUACAGGGUCACUGCCCGGAAUUCCCAGGGCUCCACGUCCAGCUCCUGGAGGUCGGUUCUCACCCCGGAGGCAGAGCCGCAGGGAAUGGACGCGCCCACGACCUGGGCGACCGGUGCCUACUCCAUCCUGGUGAACUGGACGCAGCCCGGCGAGCCCAACGGACUGAUCUCGGAGUACAAAGUGGUGUACAAGAAACGUCCCAGCGAUCCAACCCUGGACACUUCCAGCGUUAUAGCCGUCACAGUACCGGGUGACGUGUACCAGACUCACGUGUUCGGUCUGGAACCAUACACCACCUACAGCGUUCGCGUGGAGGCUGUAAACGGUGCCGGCAGUGCAUCCAGCCCUUGGGCUACAGUCCACACCGAACAGGCCUUUCCCGGUGGUCUGGCCAACUUUACUGUGGAAAAGAGGGAGCAUGGGCGUGCGCUGCUGCUCCACUGGUCCGAACCGACCUCACCCAAUGGCGUCAUCAAGACGUACAACAUCUACAGCGACGAGAACCUGGAGUACAGCGGGCUGUCGCGCCAGUUCCUGUUCCGCCGCUUGAAUCCGUUCACCACGUACUCCUUGGUUCUGGAGGCUUGUACAACAGUGGGAUGCACCAGGACUGCCCCACAGGACAUCACCACAGACGAGGCAUCACCGUCCUCCCAACUCCCACCCAGCGCCCAUAACGUUACUUCAAACAGUGUAGAGCUUCACUGGGCGCCACCUGGCCAACCUAAUGGGAGAAUCCUGGAAUACCAAGUAAUAGCAGUGAAUCUGGAAAGCAGUAUUGAAGAGCUUGUGUUCACACAGACGGACGUCCAGGCUGGUAGCUUCCUCUGCGUCGUGUCAGGAUUGAAACCAUGGACUAGGUACGAAUUCCGUUUACGUGUCUCAAAUGCAGCGGGUUCGAUUGAUAGCCAUUGGCUGAUUGUUCAGACCAAGCAAGCUCCACCAAGCAGACUCGCUGCGCCAACUGUGACCCAUCUGGAUGGACGUCCUUCUGAGCUCCUUUUGACCUGGGAACCUCCUCUAGAUGCCAACGGUGUCCUCCUGAGCUACAGAAUCCAGAGAAAUGGCAUUGCCCUUUAUUUCAGCUUUGAUCCCAGUGUGUUAAACUAUACCGAUGAGAAUCUGACAGCUUACACAGACUACAGCUAUGCCGUUAUUGCUUGCACAGUUGCCGGUUGUGCCACCAGUUAUACGACCUCAGUUCGAACCCUUGAGGCCGCCCCGGAAAUGCUAGAACCUCCUGAAGUGUCUAAUGUUACAUCCUACUCACUGAAGGCGUCAUGGGACUUACCCCUCGUUCAGAAUGGAAAGAUUAUUCAAUAUAUCCUCAAGAUUAACAAGGACAAAGUUUACCAGGGUGACAACCUGGCUGCCCAGGUGACUGGUUUACAGCCACACACCGCUUACCACCUUGUCCUAACGGCUUGCACUAAAGGAGGCUGCACAGCCAGCCAGCCGACCUCGGUUCUAACCAAAGAAGCGGCACCUACUGACAUGACAGCACCAACUCUAAAGGUCACGGGCCCUGAGUCAGUCGAGGUAACGUGGAGAGAGCCUGACCACCCCAACGGCGUCAUCACAGAGUACGAGCUUCAGCGGGACGGCCACUUUAUCUACACCGGCAUGGAUACCCGCUACCACGACUUCACGCUUCUACCCAGCAUCGAGUACGCCUACAGAGUCACCGCAAAGAACAGCCAGGGUGCCGCGACCAGCCCCGUAGCCGUGGCUCACACCCAACCCUCGGCUCCCUCUGGACUCGGCCCACCUCUGCUGCAGGUCCUCGGGGCUUCCAGCAUCAUGGUGCAGUGGGAGCCCCCUGCACGAGCCAACGGAGUCAUCAUCAGCUAUUCCCUGUACGCCCGCGAGUCCACCGAGCCCAACGCCAAGAGGACCAUUUUUGCGCCACACCACAGCGCCUUCCAGAGUCGCACGUUCUCCAUCACCGAUCUGAAGCCGUACCACAGGUACGAGGUGCGAGUGGAGGCCUGCACUUUGCUGGGCUGUGCCGCCAGCGACUGGUCCUCCGUUCGGACUCCGGAGGCGUUCCCUGCCGACCAGAGGGCACCCACGCUGGAGCCGCAGGCCGACUCCCAUGGCAUGCUGAACGGUUUUCUGAUCUCCUGGUCUCCCCCGGCUGAGGCGAAUGGCAGACUGCUGCAUUACGAGCUCUACAGGCGGCUGGGCGGAGACACAGGGGGCCGGGGAGCAUCGCUGUUGAGUCGCAACGUCUCAACGUUCUGCCACGACCGCGAGCUGCUGCCGUACACGGUCUACGAAUACCAGGUGUGGGCCGUAAACUCUGCCGGCCGUACAGGAAGUCCCUGGGCCGUGGGUCGUACCGGGCCGGCUCCUCCCGAGGGCGUGAACCCGCCCACGUUUUCGCACAUCCGUGCCACCUCGGCUGUAGUGGACAUCGGCCCGCCGACUAGGCCCAACGGCAUCGUCACCAUCUACAGGGUGUUUGCAGAGAAAAAUGGCACACGCUUGCUGUUAUCCGAGGGGACGUCGCGCCAACAGACCCUGCACGACCUCGCACCCUUCACCAUCUACUCCGUCGGCGUGGAGGCCUGCACCUGCUUCCUGUGCUGCACCCGCGGUCCUGUCAGCGAGCUGCGCACUCAGGCCUCGGCCCCGUCCCAGCAGCCCCCGCCUCGGCCCGUCACCGUCGCCUGCCGCUCGGCCCUGCUGGAGUGGGACGAGCCCCUGCAGCCCAAUGGCGUCAUCGAGAGCUGUGAGCUGCUGGUGAGAAGGGCGUGUCCUCAACCCCUGCAGCCAGUCCCGGUGGAGUGUUCUGUAGGACCGGUGGAGACCAGGUUCUUUGGAAAGGAGCGUAGUUUUAAUGUCACCGCCCUCCUCCCGUAUACCAACUACGAGGUUUGCGUGGUCUCCUACAACAACAUGGGCAGCACGACGUCCGACUGGUUCCUCGUCACCACGCUGAAGGAGGCUCCGCAGUAUAAAGAGCCGUUCGUGGUGCAGAGCAACCUGACCAUGGUGUACGUGGACUGGACCGAGUCGUUCUCUCUGAACGGGCGUCUGAGGGACUACGCCUUGACAGAAAGUGGUUUGCGCCUCUACAGUGGCUUUCACAGCUCCAUCUACAUCCCUCGCACCUCAGAUAAAACAUUCGCGUUCCAAGUGACCUGUACAACAGACGGUGGCAGUGCCAGUUCUCCUGUUAUUAAGUACAACACUGCAACUGGUGUAGAUGCUGGGGAGCAGACUUCAGGUGGAAAAACCGGUGUGUACUUCACAGGGUAUCGGUUCUACACGGAGCUGUGGUUCAUCGUCCUCAUGGCCUUGGUGGGAUUGCUGUUGGUGGCUCUGGUGUUGGGUCUGGUGCUGCGCCGAGCCCUCAGAAAGCCGGCGUUCAUCCGAGAGAGAGCUCCACUCCAGGCCCUGCAGAAGAGGAACUCCAGUUACCCCCCUAACGACUCUUACCUGAGGUCCUGCUCUGAACUCUGCUCUAACCACACCGCUCUCCUUCAGUCUGAUCAAGGGCUGGGUUUCACCGACUCCAAGAUCGGCAUCACCAACCAGGCCUACCGAAGCAGCAUCUCCACGCUACAUGUCCCUAACCAGAGUGAGCUGGGUCAUGCAUACUCCCAGAAUUCCCUGCACCGCAGCGUCAGUCAGCUCAUCGACACACAGGAUAAGAAAUCUCUGGCUGGUCUGACGUGGAACACGGAGCUGAAGCGCGCCGACAGCGGCAUGUAUGUUGGCGAUGAGGAGCUGGAAGAAACCAUCAAGUGCAUCAGCUCGGUGAAGAAAGAGCAGGCGACGUUUACAGACACACAUCUGUAGAUUUUUUCUCUUCAUUCCUUCACACGUACACACAGCAAGACCUGAGAAGAUCCAGUGGCAACACAAAUCUGAAGACUUUAAAGACUUCUCUGUGAUGUUUUGGUUGCAGUGGACUAGUCAAGGGUUCUAGAGCACAAAUGUUCUGAAGUUAUGUUGUGCUAAAAUGUCUAGUCUUGAGCUUGUUCGACAUUCCAGUCCAAAACUAUUGGCACUUAUAUUAGGGUUCUCCACUCUUCUGGAGUCUCAUACCGAAGGUGUUUAGUAGGGUCAUGUCCAGGGCUCUGUGGCGGCCACUGAAUUCCUCCACAUUAAACCAGUAAGAUCAUGUCUUCAGAUCAUGUUUUAGCAAAACCAUGGCCUCAAAAAUAAAAGCAUAUCAUUUAUCUAUUAAUGGGUGUGUCUAAAACACCUGAAUACAGCAGUUAGAAGGGAUGUCCACACACACAGCCAUUUGGUCACUCACUUUUGGGAGAUUAAACUGUCACUUGAAGAGGCAGCUCUUUAUUAAUAUCCCACAAGCUCCUGGUCAGGUGCCCACAUACUUUUGCCAGUGUAAUGUACCUGCCCCUACAAGGGUAUGUAAAGUUUCAACUUUUGACUGUAUACAGCAGCUACAUUUAAGUAUAAAUGACAACUGA